CGGGAAAAAUUUUAUGGUAAAGGAAAUUGAGAAGGUACACGGUGUCGUUUUAAAGGCGAUAAUUUCUGCUAUUCUACUUAUCUUAUAGACGCUUGUCCGCUUUGUACGCUGAAUAUACUUAGGCGCCUCCCUAAAGUUCCUUUAAUUUACGUUUAAUACAAUAAGGAUACCACAUUUUUUUGGGGCAGUAAAAGUUAUAUGUCGUUUCAAUAAUUCCCAAUACUUCUUCGCAGAAUAUAUUCAAAAAAUUGAUCUCGUGUUUUUACUCUACCUGUACACCUUAUUUAAUCUAUUUAAUCAUUUUGUAUUUUCCUUUUUAUUCUUAGUGGAAAUUCGGAUAAACAGCAUUUGGAUUCAUCUAGUGAUUCAGAAAUGGAAGGUGCUUUAAUGCAGCAAAGUCACAGUGGAGGCGCUGCCUCUAAUAACAAUAACGAUAAUAACAGCAGCGGUACUAACAUUAAUGCAAGCCACAGUCAUCAUCAUCCGCAACAUCCGGCAAAUUCUCAUCAUCAUCAUCAUCAUCAUCAUCAUCACCACCAGCCACACCAACAACAAACGCAACAACCACUAGGUGCAGUAUCAACGCAACAAUUAUCGCCCAGCAACAGUAGUCAUCAUACGGCCGCCCAUCAUCAACCCUUGCAUCAUAGUGUUGCAGCAGUAGCGGCCGCACAACACGUUGUCGAUCAUACGUUAAGCGCUCAAUUGGUAGGUGUGCCAACAGUAAGUGGAUCAGCUAGUAAAAGUUCCAGCAAUUCUGUGACCGCACAAAUGGCUCCACUCUCGGCGGCCGUAGCCUAUUCGCACUUGCACAGUGUUAUGGGAUCGAUGCCAAUUUACGAUAUGAGCGAAUAUCAACAUUUAUGAUUUUAGUUGGACGCCCUUCGUUCGGGUAGCACUAGUAAAAGCAGCAGUACUAGCAACAUUAACAUACAAGAAUGGUCGACAGGAUAUGCAACUGUUGCUAAACAAAGACCACAGAGGCAACAACAAUAGCUACAGAAAACUGAGUUUUUCAUUUAAUAAGAGAUAAAGGUACAAAACCUUUUAAAAAAAAAAAAUCUUUUUUUUUUUUUUUAAAC